AAGGUAAACUAAAGGGGGUGUCUUCUUCUUUUCAUUCAAUCUUGUCAAACUGAUAAGAUGUCAUUCUGCUCGGGAAGAGUGUGUGCGAAAUGACGAAAAUUAGUUGACAACGCCGGGAAAUAUACGAUCGUCUUUUCCGCGGGAAGUUGCCUGACAAUGGAGGCGAAGCAGGAUUUGUACCAGCUCUGGCUGCACUAUUCGUCCAAGAACGACGAGAAAAGUUUCCGCGACUUCGUGUCGGCUUUCGUGAGCACCUGGGAGGACCAGCUUGGCCUUGAGUGGGUUCAUUUUCCGACUGUCGGAGAGGCCAAGAGUGAUGAAGGGCCGCACCUGUCAAAGCUCUCGGAGGACUUGCUGCCGGCAAUCGGCAAAUUCCUUAUCAGCCCUCUGCAUAGUAGUAAAAAAUUGAUCACAUGCUCCAGCAUUUUGGAAACCGAGGAGUUGAUUCGCUGUUUGAUCGUUUUGUGUCGAAACUUUGAUAACAUUCCGUUUAUCGCAUCCUGUGAUUUUAUCGGGCUACUUGUCGGUUUUGCCGCUGCUGCCAUUCAUCAGCUCUCGGAAGGAAACAUAAUCGAGGAUCAGUAUCCAACGGUUGCCCCAAAUUUUGUGGUCCAAUUAUGUCACCUUCUUGAAUGCUUGUACGAUCCGUACUUCACCUGGAGAAAUUUCCUUUCCGAGCGGCCGUGGCCAAAAGAAAAAUUGCCAUUCCAGCCUGCGUUGCUGCAUGUUGAAGUUGUGCCAUUUUUAUACGACUGCUUUGAAGUGAAAAUCGAUCAGAUUGCGCCGCACUUGUGUUCGGAACUUCUCCACGUAUUGGGAGCAAUUGCGUCAGGCGCUCAAAAUGUGGUGAGGUGGCUUGAUGCAACGGCAGAUAGGAGAGAAGAUGAUAACAUGCAAAUGCUUUCUGUGGGUUCAAAGGACUACGGGCAUAAUGGCUUAAGAGCGAUAUGCCCAGCAACUGUGAACGUUGUGAUAGAUUCAAUAGUCAAGCCUGGGCUCAGAGACGAGACUAAAUUUACUGCGGUUAACUGCUUCAUUGCCAUGGUGCACACCCUGCUGAAAUCACCACCCGAUCAGAGACAAAUCGAGGUUGGGACAAUGUUGGUUCAGUAUAGAGAGGCAAUUAGAGACGUUGCUGAGCUUGAAUGGGCUGUUCCAAAGUCGGAUCCGUCAACUCCAGUGCAGGAUUUUCACCCGACUGCAUCAACCCCCAUUAUUUUAGAAUCACCCAGCUCUCCAGAUUCAAGCCAAUCAUUCGAUUCUCAAGUUUUUUUGCCGAAUCCUAGUGAAAAGUCAUUGGUUUGUGGGCUAGUCAAGUCUUUGAGGAGGAUUUUUGCUGUGGACGAUGACAAUACUAGUGCGUCUAAUGCCGAAGUUCUGAUGGACGUGCGGAUACCUGAUUCGCUUUUUGACCUUCUCUACAGAGUUGAAGGAAGAGGAGACAUGGAGAAGCAGGAGGUCUCGAUGGAGUGCGUGAAAAUGUUGUCAUUAAUUUUGGGAUCAUCUAAAAGAUGCAAAGAAAAAAUGCAUGCUGACGGAGGAUAUCGUCGACUGUUCUCAGCUCUUCAUGCCCAAGGUCGCCCUUCGAGAGGAUUGCUUCAAGCUCUUCUUGCAAUGAGCUCUGCUCCGACAGGAGAUCAAUUAAAUGAUGUGGAACCCAUCUUGUUUUUGGUUCAUUGGCUCCCAGAUAUUGCUAGAUGUGAUCAAUUUUGGCUCACUGUGGCUGUUCAUCAUAUUUGUACUUCAACAAUCCAAAGCAAAUCUUUGGCUUGCGAGGGAAAAGUUUUAGCAACAUUGGGCAACUCCGUGGCCCAACAUGCUAAACUUGACCAAGAGGCUGCAUUUGAGCUCAUUAGAAUUUUGGAGAGUUUAGCGUCCGUCUCCAUUUCGUCUGUAGAAUUAAAACAGUUUUUAAUGUUACUCAGGGAAGAUGUAGAAGAUAAGUUUCCAUAUCAUGUUCAACUCCUCCAUGCCAUAUCGUCUGUAGCAAGAAGGGACGAUCCAGUCGAGUGCCAUGCAUAUUUUGAUAUUGAAACUGACUCAGACGGCAUUGUAGUGCCUCCAGUCAAACGUUGGCCUGGAACAGGCUACGGAUUCAGUUUCCAUGCAUGGGUCCAACUAAUCAACAAUGAAUACGAAUUUCAGGAAGGAACAAGAAGGCAGCUUUUUAAUGUGAUGACUAGUUCUGGAAAUGGAUUAGAGAUGUUUUUCCUCCCAAACGGACAGUUGGCAAUUGCAAUCCUUAACAAAAAAGAAUUUUUAGUAGCCACUGUCCCAGACCACAGAAUUCAAGAUGGUUUUUGGCACUGCGUUGAUAUCUGUCAUAUGGCUGCGAGGCGUCCUUUCGGCCAAAAUCAGUUAUCAGUUUACAUAGAUGGUCACCAAAGGUUAACAGCAGCUUUAAAAUUCCCCACAACUUUGGACGAAUUCACAUCUUCUUUUAUCGGAUGCCCUCUGAAAAAAUCAUCAAAGGGCACCAAAGAAGUACCUGAAACGAAAGCAGGAAGUGCUGUUUUAGGCGCUGUUGGAAGUUUUUUGCCCUCCAUUGUGACCCAAGUGCCGAACUACUUCACUCUACCAUUAAGGUCAUCUUCCAGUUCCCACCCACAGGACCCAAAUGUUAAAAGUUACCCCGUUGGAAUGGAAGACAGAAUAUUUGGACCUGCAAUUCCCCUUGGGGGCCACAUCGCACUUGCCGCACUUUUUCACGAGGCACUCAGUUACCAGCAAGUGCGCACUCUGUACGAAGCAGGACCCACCUGCAGACCCCUGUUCUGUGUUGAGGAAGGCAUGGAGCAGGCGGACAUCACUUCAAGGCUUGUGCUCUGCUACAGCGCCUCGGCAUUCCACCAGGGAAGGUGCUUAGAUCUUUCUCCUUCUGGAAAAUAUGAGGCUAGGACUAAUGCCUCACUAAGGAAGACUGAAAGCAUCAAGUCGGCAAUCAAUGGUAUUGGGGGCACCCACGUUUUAUUGCCAAUUUUGGAAAUGGCGACUGCAAGUGCCGGAUUCGAGUCAAGCAGUGGCCACCCUGGAGAACUUGCAGCUCCCUUGAUGCAACGAAGGCCAUCAACUCCAGCAGCAGCAAGGAAAGCUGCUGAUUCGUGCAAUACACCGGAAGAGUUGGAUGAUUGGGAAGUGUUACCCUCAAGCUCUUAUUCUGAUUGGAAACUAGAGCAGAAUCCUGUUAGUGGCUUCCUUAGUUUAUUAAAGAAUAUUCUGACCAGGAGUCCCUCGAACCAAGAAAAUUUCAUGAAGAACAAUGGCAUAGGUAUAAUUGGAGACAUGUUGACCAAGGUCCGACCCAAGCUACUCGACGUAAAUGUGUUGAUGGCAGUCCAAUUGAUGAUAGAGAUGGCAAGAGACACACCUAAUCAGCAGUUGUUGAAAGCUCUGCAUCAUCACAUUUUAUUUAAUUUCAAUAUCUGGGCUCGAAGCCAGUUUCACAUUAGAAUUGGGCACAUCCAGUACAUUUGCACGGUUGUGAAGGAAGACCGUCGUUUCUACAGAAGAAGAUAUGGUGUGCAAUUUGUUCUAGACACGAUUAAUCAAUAUCAUGGAUCAUCAAUGACGAAUUCUUCACACGAGAAUGGGCCUGACAUGUUCAUGGAAGGGGCACCUACCCCUGAAGAUGCAAAGACCCUGAGAGGGGCACUUUUAUCUUUGAUAAAAUACUAUUUGUUGAAAGACGUGAAUGUGAAAGAAGUGAAUGCGAUCCUUGGUUUCCUGUCCACCGCAAAGGAGGAGACUUUGGUGACAGAAGUACUUGAUAUGUUGAUUUCGCACUUGGAGAGUGCCACUUGCAAGGAUCAACUUUUGCUACUCAUGUAUGAGCCUCAUGCAGCAGAAACCCUUUAUUGCCUCAUGCUUGCAAAACAUUUUACACAUGAGUUGAAACACAAAGUUUUAAAGCUCUUUUAUGUGCUGCUGCGUUCCGAGCGAGUUUACGAACGUCACAAGAUGAGAUUACGAUUGCAAGACAAUUCAAGCACCACGUUGUCGCACGUGGGGCUGUACCCAGGUCUACUGUCUUCCAUUGACCAAUCGGAUUAUACUAUGGAGUUUACAGUAAUGUUGUUGGAUCAAAUUUUAUUGACAGAUACCUCCAGCAGUUAUGCAGGGGCCCUUGCCUUACUCUACGCCUUAUCGUCAGCGCCGAUUGAAAUCAAAUUGGAGGCUGCAAGGAAAAUCCUCACCACUACGUUCAUGAGACCAAAUGCUGCCUCACAGUUUGCUAAACAAGUUGGCUGGCAAGAGUGUAUAUCCCGACUCUUGGUGAAGAAGCCUAUUGUGGGCCAACCAAAACAGCAAGAUUCCAUCGCUUCCAUUGAUCUGCAAGACCUCCCUGAUCUAAUGUCAUUCGACGAGGAGAACCUUGAGCUCAUAGCAAUGGAGCGGCCCUCAUCUCCUUCGAGUGUUUCUAGAAUUUCGUCUACUGUUUCUGAUGCUGCAAGCGCAAUUGAAUCUGAAAUCAAAGAGGUUGCUGAUGUUGUUGCAGGGAACAUUCAUUAUGCGGCCGACAACAUUUCGUCAGUUGUUACAUCUGCUUAUUCAGUCUUCCGUCAAAAAACCUAUGAAGUUCAAGAUCGCUUAGAAGAGUUUGGUGGAGCAACCAGAUCACGUUUAUUAAGAGGCAGCCUCUCUUCUCUUGACAUGGACACACCAAGUCCUAGAACUCCUGCUUCAAAUUUGCUAUCAACCACAGACUUGGACUCAUUGAGCUUAAGCAACAAGUCAAUUUCCUGCAGCAGCAGUAACGAGGACUUGACUUCACCUCGUCCCGACUCGGUAGCCACUGAUGGUAUAAGCCUAGACAGGGAAGAUGGUGUGACACCAUCACCAGCUCAAUCCGAGGACCAGCUGCUAAAUCAAGCACUUGAGCAAUGGAAGGCACUUGAUGCUGGAAAGCUCGGAGACAGAGAAGAAGAGUUGUGUUAUUUGGUUGUGAAUAUUUUGUUUACUGUCAUGUGGCGUGGAGUGGAAGGUGCUUCGAAGGAGGCUUGGAAGGAACGAGGCCAAGUCUUGGCUUGUAUUAAUCUACUUGGACUAAAUAACGAGCUCUACGCUUCACACCUAGAACUUAAACGCCGCCUGCUUGAAAUGGCAUUGCAGGCUUCUGUGUCUGACCUGAAGGACGAAGGUGUUGCUGGACCUCUUGCUAGUCAUGCAGAAAACGGCGCCCAGUUGCUGCGAUGGGCGUAUGAUCUGGUUGUUUUAGACAUGCACGGCGACCCCUCGAAGAAAUGCUCUUGCAAGUUGCUAGAUGGAGUGCUCGGCCUGGUUGAUGCUUUACUUGUGUUCCAAGAUGCACCUGCAGAAGAGUGGACAGAAAUGGCCAAGCUUUCGUUUGGAAUCCUACUGAGUUGUGCUGGUUUUGAAGACAUAGAACUUGUAGCCAUGGCCACAGCUAAGUUGCAUGCGUUGAUUCAAACAAGACACAUGUCUGAUCCUGAGGAGGCUGCCUAUUUGCUCUGCUACCUGGACACCAUUGUUCAGAAUAGUCUCAAAGGCACUCAACCAGAACAUUAUUCUUUUGUUCUACCUGUGAUGAAAGCCUUAUUGGCUCGGAUUUCACCAACUCUGGCUUUAUCUUCAAGACUUCCAACUCUGCCUGAUACGCAAGCCGGACCAGCUUUCUUCGAACGGUUUCAGGCGUAUGCUCAAACGCCCGAAUGGAGAGCGCUGAUUGAUGAAAAGUUGAAGCCUCUUUACCGCAGUUACCAGUCAGCCCUGCUUGGCGAAUUCAGCGACGCAAUGAAUAUCUUCUGGGCCGAGUGCUACGAAGGAUCGAAAAUGGCUUUGCAAAAGAGGGCUCGCGAGUUGGCCGACUCGCGGCUCCGUUUCCAGACUUUGAUUGCAAGCGCGUUCAAAUCUCGGCAGAACGAAGAAAAUGCGAGGCUGGCCAGUGUUCAGAGCCAAAAGCGCUCAGAACUGGCCCUGGUCCGGAAAAACUGGCGACAGACCAAGCGGUUCCUGAACAGCACCCGCGGCGCUUGGCAGACUCGGGAACAGCCAAACGAGCACUGGAAAUUGUCCAACCAAGAAAAUGUGUCUCGCAUGCGGCUCAAGCUCACGCCGAAUCUGGCGUUUGAUCAGCACACCGAGGCCAGCAAUUUGCGCGACAAUACAGGGUGGAUGAGCCGCGGAACGGAAGACAAUGAUCUGGCCGGUUUGACCAGCUUGAGCGCUGCUCUGCCGCAGCAGGUGGACGAAGAUUCGUUGCCCGAGGAGGAGUGGCGCCGAAUCACCGCCGAGGCCGAGAGCGACCUGACGGACAAUCUCGGUGGGAAAGAGAAACUGCUGCUUUCGCAAGAAUGCGAACUCGUGACCUUGAUGUCAAGGGUCAAGGGCAGGCUGGAUGUGACCAACACGCACGUCUCAUUCAAUGAUCUCAGCCCUGCCAAGGAGGACGCAGAACGAUUUGAUUUCAAAUGGGCUUUGUCAAAACUUCGGGAAAUGCACUUGAGGCGUUACAACCUGAGAAGAAGCGCUCUAGAGUUUUUCCUGUGCGACUUCACAAACUACUUCAUCAACUUCACUUCAAAGACGCGUUACAAGGUUUACUCGCAAAUCCUGCGGCUGCGGCCUCCAAACCUGAUCCACUCGAACGCUAGAUCGCCCGCCGAGCUGCUGAAGGUGUCGAGUCUCACCCAGCGAUGGGUCGGAUGGGAAAUCAGCAAUUUCGAUUACUUGAUGCAGCUCAACACCAUCGCGGGAAGGACAUACAACGACCUUUCCCAGUACCCCGUCUUUCCGUGGAUUGUGGCCGACUACACGUCGCCCACGCUCGAUCUCACCGAUCCCAACACCUUCCGUAAUUUGUCCAAACCCAUCGGGGUGGUGAACCCAAAAAACGAAGCUGAAGUGCGCACCAAAUUCGACAACUUUGAAGAUCCGAGUGGCACAAUAGCGAAAUUUCACUACGGCACGCAUUAUUCAAAUUCAGCCGGUGUUCUGCAUUACUUGGUGAGAGUUGAGCCGUUCACCUCUUUGCAUAUUGAGCUGCAGAGCGGCAGGUUCGAUGUUGCAGACCGGCAGUUUCACUCAAUUCCACAAACGUGGAAACUUCUGAUGGACAAUCCCAACGAUGUGAAAGAGUUGACCCCAGAGUUCUUCUACUUCCCAGAAUUUCUCGAAAACCAAAACAAGUUUGACCUGGGCCUACUACAAGGUACUAAAGAUAGGGUGACAGACGUCGUUCUUCCAGCGUGGGCUGAGAACGCAGAAGAUUUUAUUGAAAAGCACAGAAAAGCUUUGGAAUCUGAACAUGUUUCCGCUCACAUUCACGAGUGGAUCGAUCUCAUCUUUGGCUGGAGGCAGCGAGGCCAGCCGGCCGUUGAAGCCCUCAACGUCUUUUAUUACUGCAGCUACGAGGGUGCAGUCGAUCUGGACGCGAUUGCCGAUCCCUUCGAAAGAGAGGCCGUCGAAGGAAUGAUUAACAACUUUGGGCAAACUCCCAGCCAGCUGAUGCGAGAGCCUCAUCCGCAGAGACUCUCCCUUUCGGACGCACUUUUGCGGCAAAUCAAGGGAGAACUUCGAAAGCCCGACUUGACUGCCCAUCUGGACAAACUCCGCUCUUGCGCUGUCGACGUUGCCACGGAUAGAGAUCCCAUUGUUUUCAUCUCAAGCCCGAGACCUCCACCGAGACCAGCGCAGAGAUUGUUUUUGCCAGCAGGAACGCCCGAUUGUGUGGUCACAGUUUCCAAAUCGGGGGCUCUGGGUUUGCACUCUUGGGUGCCUCACGACCGCCACUCCAGCAGAGGAUUCAGUCUGGACACCGAUGGCUCAAUCAACAACCCUAAAUCUAGGAGGAAAAUUCCUGGUCCGUUCCAUCCGAGUGUCCAGCUGAGCAGUCAGAUGUUUGCCGUGUCCCACGACGCGCGACACCUGUUCAGCGGGGGCCACUGGGACAAUGGCAUCAGGGUCUUCAGCCUCACUCGGGGGCGCACCAUGGCCGCUGCCAUUCACCAUUCAGACAUAGUGACCUGUGUGGCCAUCGACAGGUGUGGCUGGUACCUGAUGACCGGCUCUCGGGACACAACCUGCGUCAUCUGGGACGUGUCCGGACUCUCUGGCUUCUCCAUCAUCCCAACUUUGGCGCAGGUUGCUCCUCCGGCCACUGUUUCAUCGUCCGUUCCAAAUUCCGGAACCCCACCUGGAGGCGGCAGCCUCCUCAUUCAACCAGUCCACACCCUCUAUGGACACGAUUUGCCCAUCACAUGCGUCAGCAUUGUCACUGAACUGGACCUGGCCGUGUCUGGCUCCAGCGACGGCUCUGUCAACGUCUACACUGUUCACGAAGGCCACUUUUUGAGAACCCUUCAGCCGAUCAAUGCUCUCGACCUGGAGGUCACCUUCCUAGCCAUCUCUGAGCAGGGCCACAUUGCAUUUUCAACAAAUACCAAGUCGGAGAGCCAUGCUGUGCACGUCUACUCCAUCAACGGCAAACUUCUCGGCUCGAAACCUUUCCCCGGCAGGGUCACUGGGCUGGCUAUUGCUGGAGACAUGCUUCUGGUCAGUGAUGAUGCUGGAAUGCUAAAUCUCGCCACUCUCCUCAAACUUCGGCCUACGUUUGAUCUGCCCUUGCACGUUCCAAUUCAGAGCGUUGUUGUGACUCAGGGCAAUUCUCACUUGCUUGCCCCAUUACGAGACGGUCGACUGAUGGUCCUUGGGAUUUCUGGCGCCGUCAACACCUGACGGAAGAUGUGUCAGAGUUUAGACGACAAAUCACAACUCGGCCGUAGUCUGUCAGUCAAUUAGACAAAAAAAAAUCAUUUUGAAUAAUGUUCGAUCUCUCCACAGUUUUAAAUUGAACACCGUACAGAGUUGUCCUCUGUUUUUAAAUGAAUUUACGAAUUUUUAAUGUAGACCUGUAACAAAGUAUUGCAAAUCGUAUUUUUAGAGGUUGAGAUUUAGACACUGCCUUUAUGUCACGAAAGCGUUUUGCUGGCAAAGUAUACAAAAUGUGUGAAUGUACGAGUUUAAAAUUAUGCAUUCCAUUAAAAAGCAUAUUUUACGAUGUUUGGUCUCACCGUGUCCUCUUUCCUAACUGCAUUUUAUUUUGCUUUAUCAUACAGUAAAUUUAUUUGUACUGACUUAAUAGACUUUGUAACUCGAUGUUGAUACGGAUAAUAGAGAAUGGAAUAUAUCAAUCUGUAGUUUUAGUUGUUGAUCGAUGUUCAAAUCGGAUGUUGCAUAAUCAUUAUAUAUUGUAAAGUGUAAAUUGAGAAUUUUAACCUGUUGCAGAGAUGAAAAUAAAAGUAAAUGUAUCAGUACAACUUAAGUAUUUUUUUUUAAUAC